UGCCUGGGCGGGCGCCAUUUUCGGGUGAGAGGGGAAAAAUACUCAGCAGUAACAGGGGCUAGGGGAAUAAUUAAUACCAGACAGCUGUAAGGAAAGGGAAUAAAUAUAUCUUCGAAACCUACGGCAUAAGGAGGAGAAUAUCCAUUGGUGAUAGUGGUGAAUGUUUGCAGGAGAGAGUGCUUCGGCUGACGGUGUUUGCAGUACUUGUUAACGUCUUUUAUUGGUUGACGGGAUAUGGGCAUCCCUGGUUCCGGCAGUUUUUAUUCCCCAAUACCCCCAGAGGGCCGUUAGCGAUCAGCCGCCUUGCUGUGGUUAUAGAUUCACUUUUUAGACCUGACUGGAUGAGGAUGGCAGUUUCCUUUUAUACCCCUACAGGACACUAGUGAACAAAGCGGGGGUUGCCCUCGCAGUUAAUAAUGACUAGAUGGUCACCACAAGAUCCUGGAGGAGGUUGACAAAAGUAGGUGCAGAGAGAAUACGUCCUGAGGAGGGGCAAACUAGUGUCAUAGUUUCAGGACAGGGUUAACAUUUAAAACAAGAGAUGAAGGGAAAUUACUUCUCUUAAAGGGUUCAAAUCUGUGGAAUUCACCCUUCCAGAGUGCAGUGGCUGUCAGGAUGUUAAAUAAAUAUUAGGAGGCAAAGGCAAAGUUUUACUGAGUAAUGAGUUGAAAGGUUACAGAGAGCAGGUGGGAAAGUGGAGUUGAGGCUUAGAUGAGAUCAGCCAUAAUGGUGUUGGACAGUGGAGUGAACUCCUAGUUAAGACCAUAAGACAUAGGAGAGAAGUGAGGCCAUUCAGUCGGGGCUGAUAAGUUUCUCUACCACAUUCUCCUGCUUUCUCCCCUUCUGAUCCUCUUGACAGUCAAGAGCCUGUCUCCAUAUUAAAAAUACUCAAUGACCUGGCCUCCACAGCUCUCUGUGGCAGUAAAUUCCAUUGAUUUAGCACACUCUGGCUAAAGAAGUUUCUCCUUAUCUCUGUUCUAAUAGGUCUUCCCUUUACUCUAAGGCUGCGUCCUCACUUCUGAGUCUGUUCUGUUCAUAGAUUGUCUUCAAUAAAAAAUCUGGGAUAAAAAGACAAAUUUGUAGGAUUUGAACUCAAAUCCCAAGAACAUUCUGAAUUCUACUGCAGUGUCAUACCACUGUGACACCAACUCGCCUUGAGUGGACAAGAACAGAUAAGGUCUGGGAGACGGAACGGGGUACAUAGCCAUGAACCAUGGAAGUGAUGAAAGAACCUGAGAUACUAAUUGAUGAACAGCCUGCAUCAUCUGGAAUGCCCAAGCCCAGCGAGCUUCCUUUGGGAAUCCUAGGGGGUCAUGCCUUUUGGUGCAUGACAUGUGGAAAGGGGUUCAAGUGGCGUUGUCUUCUGGAUGCCCACCUGCGGGUACAUACAGGAGAGAAACCUUUUGAGUGUCUUCUAUGCAUGAAGCGGUUCAGCAAGUCUAAUGAACUGCGAGUCCAUCAGCGCAUUCACACUGGUGAGAAACCCUUUGAAUGCCUUAUGUGCAAGAAACGCUUUUAUCGUUCCAGUCACCUGAGCAGACACCAGCAGUUCCACACUGGGGAGAAAAAGUUUGAAUGCCAAGUUUGCACAAAACGCUUUUUUACCUCCAGCCACUUGACCAGGCACCAACGCAUACACACUGGUGAAAAGCCUUUUGAAUGUCCUGAGUGCAGCAAGCGGUUCAACAGCCCUAGUGAAUUAACAGUGCAUCAGCGAGUUCACACUGGUGAGAAGCCAUAUGAGUGUAUAGACUGCAGAAAACGUUUCAACCGACCUGGUGACCUGACAGUACACCGAAGGAUCCAUACUGGUGAGAAGCGGUUAGAAUGUCCAGAGUGCAAAAAACAAUUUAGUCGACCCAGUGAGUUGAUUGUCCACCAGCGGGUUCACACUGGGGAGAAGCCCUUUGAGUGUGCUGUGUGCAAGAAACGCUUUUACACAUCUAGUCACUUGAUCCAGCACCAGGGAAUCCAUACUGGUGAGAAGCCCUUUGAAUGCCCUCUUUGCAAGAAGCGCUUCUACAGAUCCAGUAACCUGACUAGGCACCAGAGAGGAGAAGGACAUAAUGAGAAAGGUUUACUGGAUGGGACAUGUGCAAACGGAGAAAAGAGAAGAGCCAGGAAGGAAAAACUGAAAGAUAGUGAAUCAUCUGAAGUGGCAAUGCCCACUCCCAGCCAGUGCAUAUCUGGUGUCAAGGAGGGAAAAGACUUCCAAUGCACUGUAUGUGGGAAGAGGUUUCGCUGGCCCAGCCUCCUGGAUACACACCUCCGUGUUCACACGGGAGAGAAACCAUUUGAAUGCACUUUUUGCACAAAACGUUUCUGCACCUCCAAUGGGUUACGGAUGCAUCAGCGAACACACGUAGGAGGUAGCUGAUGGAGCAGCAGCAUCUGCCUCUGAUCCAGCUGACAGAUAUUGCUUGCAUGCAGUUGUUUCUUUGUGUCUUCAGAAGAUUUCCAGAAAAUAGAAAGAAAGCUAUUUAUCUUAUUAUUUAUUCACCAUUAUGUCCUGUCUUUCAUCUUCUGUGAAUUAUUUCUUAAAUGAUUCGAUUCAAUAAUUCCACAUCACAAUGUAGUGAAUUUUAUACUGAUUUAAAGUAAUAUUUCAUAUUUUUAAAAUUGUUUUACUUAACUUUGUUUCCAUAAGAUCACCUUUCCAGUGUUUCCAGUGUGAAGAUCCUGUACAUAACUAAACUCCUGAUGCCAUAUUCAGCCAUAAAUUUCUUGAUAAUGGCUCCAGCAGUUAUGUCUGUUUUGUAGCUCAGUGAGUAAAGUUCUAUACAAUCUGA